CCCCUUUUUUGGGGGGAUUGGAGGGGUCUCCCCACUUUGAUCCCCUUUUUUUGGGGAGUGGAGGGGUCUUCCCACAUCCUCACCCCAUUUCUGGGGGUUUGGGGAGGGUCCCCCAUUUCUAGGGGGUUGGGGAGGGGUUUCCACACCCUGUCCCUCCUUUUUUUUGGGGAGUGGUGAGGGGUCUUCCCACACCCUCACCCCAUAUCUGGGGGGGCUGCAGGGUCCCCCCACACUCUGAGCUGCAUUUUUGGGGGCACCAGGGAUCCCCUCCACACCCUGAGCUCUGAUUUUGGGGACAGGAGGGGUCCCCCCCCAACACCAUGACCUGUGUUUUUUGGGGGCACAAGUACCCCCCCACACCCUGAGCUCUGAUUUUGGGGUCAGGAGGAGUCCCCCCUACCCUGACCCCCCUUUUUUUCCCCAGUGGGAAGAUCUCAUACUACACCCACCCCCCCAAAUCUCGGGGGGUGCAGCUCGAGGCCCAAAUCCUCCCAGCGCUGGGGCCGGCGCUGGACCUGGAGGCUCUGGAACGGGGCGAUGCCGAGGCCCUGGCAGCUGUCCCGGUGACGGUGACGGGGCUGGGGCUGUCCCCAGAGGAGGAAGGGCAAGGAGAAGCCAUGGAGGACGACAGCGGCGGCCUGGAGCUCGGCACGAUGACGGUGGAGCUGAAGCACCGGGUGAAGUCGGGGGGCUCUGGGGGGGCGUCGCUGCCCCCAGCCCCCAGCCUGGAGGAGGUGGCUGCGCUCCCCGCUCUGUUCCAGGGGCAGGGGCUGAAGGCAGCCGGAAAAAGGAGGAAAAAACUGCAAAAAAGAGCACAGAAAAUCGCCACGAAGCUGUCGGAGACGUUGGAGGCGGCCAUGCAGUUCUGAGCAUCCACAAAUGGAAUAAAAAGAAUAGAAAUAAAUUUUUAAUAAUUA